AUGCAGAACUUUUCUGAUGAAAGUGUAUUGUCGGUAAAGACGGUAGACUUUGGAUGUGUCCCUGUGGAUACCGUAGUUGAAAAAUAUAUUUCAGUUGAAAAUAAAUCCGAUAAAAUCCUUACAUAUCGUGUAUCACUCAUGUAUAUUUCAAAUAGCAUUGAUCACGUAUUUAAAUUAUCUAUAACGUCGACACCAAUUAAACCAUCUGAAUGUGCUAAAGUGAGAGUCUUAUUCAGACCCAACAUUACAGGACAAUCUUUUACUGAGUACUAUAUCAUAGAUGAUACCGGAGGAAAUACUUAUAGAUUGACUGUAACUGGGAAGUGUUACGGACCAAAAGUAUCUUUGAAUAAAAAAAAGUUGAUGUUCAGAAUAUGCAAGAACGUUUCUGAAUAUAGACGGACAGUUGUUAAGAUUGUAAACAAAUCUGCUGUAGACACUACCUAUCAAUGGCUUUUACCGACAAGUGGCCAAGGAUAUUUUCAAGUAUCUACAGGCAACUGUGGACUCAUCAGAGCAUUUGAAACCAUUACGACCACGGUACUGUUUAUUGGCACUGCUCUAGGGAUUUAUAUAGCGGAGUUAGUUUGUUUGGUGUUAAAUCAGGAGCCACUAUUCUUGAAUGUGUUAGCCACAGUAGUGUUACCUGAUAAUCCAUUAUACAACAUCCAUGACCACGUAUUUGAGAUGAAUUGGAAACGUAAAUGCCGUUAUGCACAUCUUAUGGAGAAUAGUCUCACACGUUUAAACUAUAUACCCUCUGCUUCUGUUUUUGAGAGGUAUCUCGAUUUCGGUAUGGGCAGUGCAUCGGAUAUAACUUUAAAUAUAUCUCAAACAUUAUGCGUGACCAAUCAUGAACAGGAGGAAGGUUAUAUACAAUGGGUACCAGACCCAGAUAAUAUAUUUUUGAUAGAUCCAGUUGACUCCAUAAUUCCGCCUAAUGAGUCUCGACUUUUUACUAUCAGAUUUAGGCCGAAAAUGGAAAACGAAGUAUACGGAUACUUGAUGUGUGGAGAUUUUCAGUAUAAAAGGUUUGAUGGUGAACAUUCAGAUGUUAUUAAGCUGAAACAUACAUGGUUCCGCAUACCGUGUAUCGGUAAUACAUGGCCACCCUGCACCGAAUGGACAACAGAUUGGGAAUGCUCAUCUGAGAUAAUCUUACCACCUACAGUACCCGGAAGAACUACUUUUACCAACUUCAUGUUAGCUAAUAAAUUGGAAAUACCAAUGCAUUUCAAAUUCGAAGCACCACACUCAACAAAUUUUAUAGUGCUACCCAUGUGCGGUAUUGUACAAAGUAGAGGAUGGCAAAUUAUAUCUGUGGCACUGGAACCGAAGUCAUUUGGUGAUUACUAUGAAUCCUGGGAUCUUAUCAUAAACAAAGUUCAUAAAGCUCGAAUCUGCUUGUGUGGUAACGCGGAGACCAGUCAAGUAGAGGUGAUGUCUCAUGGAUACAAUCCUUCCACUCACGCUAUGUAUGAGUUUCCACCUACAAUUACCGGCUGCACCAACUAUUGUACAGCUUAUUUGCGCAAUCUAACUAGGAUGAGUUUACAUAUAAGAAUCCUGAACAAUGUAUGUUGGCUUGGAGCGGAUAACAGUGGUACAAUUGUGCUCCCACCAAAAGAAAUAGUUGGAUAUCACUGGUGGUUUUUUCCAAAAAUUCCAAAUAAAGUGUACGAAACCACAAUAACUUGUUCAUGUAUCUGUUUGAUUAAUAACAAACCAGUUGGCGAACCUAAUGAAAUAUUCAUUCAUAUAACAGGAUUUUCGGAGCUGCCAGAUUUAAGGGUUAUACCAAAAACGAUUAAUUUGAAUGACAUAGUCGUUGGCGAAAGCUCUCCUUUCAGUAUCACGCUAUACAACUAUGGAUCGUGCUUUUUUACAUCCAGAUUGUUUCAUCAAAUAAAUGGCAUGGAAGAUGAUUUUAGUGGCGAUAAAUUCGAGAUAGAUUCCGCUGUUAAUAGUCUGAAACCAUCCAACCACUGUGAAGUUAUUAUGACUAUAACUCCAGACGGGGCUGGCCCUCGACAAAUAGACAUCAAAUAUACCGUAUUGUUCCGCACAGAGUAUGACGAAAUAGAGGAGAUACAACCCAUACAUAAAACUAUUUGUACUAUUUGGUACGAUGGUAUAUAUCCCACUAUCAAGGUAAAACGUACAAUAUCUGUGAAGUGUCCCGUUAUACUAAGCAAUCACUGUGUUUGGAACAUCUUCAAUAUUAAUGCAUUAAACAAAGCCUUACUGGAUUGUCGUCCAAAUAAACCGUUGAACGUGAAUAUCUAUGCUCCUGACUUGUGUUUACGUAAUGAGUCUGUAGAGUUUAUAUUCAUAAUGGGCUGUGUGUACAAUGUGCCGUUACCAUGGAAUUUGCGCAGAGAGAAGAUAUGCAAUUGUGAGAUGGUCGAAGUGCAGAUUGGGAUAUCCACGUAUGAGAUGAGACAUACGUGCACACAUAGAUCUUUGGUCGAAUUGUAUCCACUUAGCGGGAUAGUUACGAGCAAUUAUCCUGGUAUUCUAUAUUUAAAAUUCAAUUACGCCAACGAAGGGCAAAAUGUGUUGUGUUAUGUGAUGACGCUACCUAAUCAGAGAACUAUUAAUCUCUAUCUGAAUAUGUAUGCGCAUUUGAACUCUAAGGGUGUUCUGACCCCACUCCGGCGUCCUAUUGGUAUAGACGACUAUCUAGCGAUAUUGGACUGUGGCAGAGUACCCAUCAACAACUUGGAUCCAGUGAUUAGGAUCGUCUGGCUAUACAAUCCAACGGUUGUGUUUACAACUUGGCGCCUUUUGCGAGGAAACACGAUAUCUCCGGACUCCGUCAUACGAUGCCUCCUGUACUUCGCUGAAGUGCCACCGCUCGGCAAACUGGCGAUACCAUUUGCUUUCAUGCCCACAGAAAUGAUCGAUUACGAGGUAACGUUCUACUGUUCAUUUGGAGACGACACAGUAAGAAUCUUGGUAAAAGGACAAGGUGGUCUACCAAAUUGCAUAGAGACAAGACUCGAUAUGCCAAAUUAUGUGGAAAAAGUUAUAAGAAAUGCAUAUAGAAAUGACUUGAUUUAUUUAUCAAUGGAACACAUAACGAUACCAAUAAUGCCGACACACUCUUUGUCUCGAGAUAUAAUAGCAAUUUGCAACGAUACUGAACACGUCAUGCGAUUUAUUUGGUUACCAGAGAGGAUCGCAAAUAUAGUGAACAUUGUAAUGACUCCAUGCUGGGGAGUUAUUCAGCCAAAGUGCACAGAAUGGAUUACUAUGACUGUAUACACGUUACAAGAACCCGCUACGUUCACAACAACAGCAGCGUGUGAAAUAUUGGAUUUAACAGAACGGAAGCGAUACCAAAGAAAUGAGUUACUCAGGAGGAAUAAGAUUGAGAAGUGUAAUCAGGAAUUCAUUAUCACAGAACAUGGAACAUUUCAUCCCGAUAUUAAUGAUUCGCCGCCGUAUGUUUUGGAUAUUGCGAAACCACAGCCAUUUUAUUUAGCCAUGUCGGUGUCAAUUUCGUCCAAAGGCCAACGUGAUGGCUACCCCAGGAUGUUGUUAAAACAAAUGUGGGAGCAGACGCCGCCUUACGACUUGUUAUCGUCGGAUUUAAAUGAUUAUGGAAGUGGAGACAGGAUUACUAGCGGUAACAAUAUGACCAUGGACGACAUCAUACGAGUUAUAGACGGGAUUUUGUGGGAUGCAUUACAUAGUAAGAUGUUUCGGAAUCAAAUAGAGUUUUUCGCUAAAGAAGAGAUACCUACAUAUUCACAACUAGUAAAAAUUAUAAAUGCAGAUAUACAACCACGUUUGAGCAGAAGAGUAACUUCUGGCAUUUGCGACGCCAUUGUGAACAAGGCAGUGUUCCACAUAUACGGUCUGAAUCCUAAGCACGAAGUGUCAAUCAUGGAGGCUGAAUAAUUCAUUAUUAUGUAUUUUUUAUUAUUAG